AAGCUGUUUCUCUUCUCCGCCGAAGCAGCUUUUCGAGCGUCAGGUUGUUCUUCGCCUGCGUCUUCAAACGGUGGUUUUUUUUGUUUAUUUUUUUUUUAUGACAGUUACCAGUCGCAGUGUUGUCAUGAAAUGUCAUGUCAUGUCAUGUCUGAACUUGGAGCAAGCAGUUAUGCGAGCUUUGCUAACCCACAAUCGAGGGAAACUCCUUAGCCAAAUGUUCCGGUUGAUUACACGUGAUCCCAUCAAUGAGUUGACUCAGAUGCGGUGAGCUCUCCAGAUGAGGUGAUGCUGCGUGUGACGUUCAAAUUGAUCCGCUGUCCCACGCACAGCUCUGUCCUCUCCAAAAAAGGGAUAUGGCUCCGCUCCUUCUGCUCCACAAAACUCCACUCAGUCCAGGGUGAGGACACCACAGAGACCCGUCUGAACCCCUUAAAUAUCCAGAUGCUGUCAAGAAAUCUCCACGAGCAGAUCUUUCGGGGGCUGCAGCCCGAGUACAAAGAAGAAGAAGUGCAACGCGGUCUCAGGCACUUGCAGAAGCAUCAGCUUUGGGGGAAAGAAACGUCGCUGUUACACGAAGUGGAGAUGAAGCUUCCCAAAAUGUACGGGAACAAUAUUGACGAACACUUCCGUCUUUUAGCUCAGAAGCAAAGUCUUCCAUACUUGGAAGCUGCGGCCGAGCUGCAGAGAGCGGAGCUUCCUUGCAUGCCUCAGGAGUGGACAUGGCAGGUUGGUUGGACACGCUAUGAGUCUAACGGGGAGAGUUACAGGGUUGACUUCCCAGACGAGACGGCGCUUGUGUUUGAUGUGGAGGUGUGCAUGGCAGAGGGACAGUGUCCAACAUUGGCAGUUGCUUUGUCUCCUACACACUGGUACUCUUGGUGCAGCAAACGUCUGAUCGAAGAACGCUACUCCUGGUCAAACCAGCUCUCCCUUGCUGACCUCAUCCCAUUGGAGACACCAAUGAACUCUGUCCGUCCACCGGGGAGUCAGUGGAAGGAACGGCUUAUUGUGGGCCACAAUGUCAGUUUUGACAGAGCUCACAUUAAGGAGCAAUAUUUGCUAAAGGGGUCCAAGGUGCGCUUCAUGGACACGAUGAGUCUGCACAUGGCUAUCUCGGGCCUGACUGGCUUCCAGCGCACGCUCUGGAUGGCCAAUAAGAUGGGCAAGAAGGUGGGCCUCCAGGAGGUCACCAAGCACAUGAAGAAAGUGGCACAGAAAAAAGAUGGUCCUAAGGUUGGGUUUUGGGACUGGGUGAAUAUUAGCAGCCUCAACAACUUAGCUGAUGUCCAUGCUCUCUAUGUGGGAGGCCCACCGCUGAAGAAAGAGAUAAGAGAGACCUUUGUAAAGGGGACUAUGAUGGACGUCAGGAACCACUUCCAGGAAUUAAUGCAAUACUGCGCCUCAGAUGUUCUGGCAACCCAUGAAAUUUUUAUUGAACAGCUACCUCUCUUUAUGGAAAGAUGUCCGCAUCCUGUGACAUUUGCUGGAAUGCUGGAGAUGGGUGUGAGCUAUCUUCCUGUCAAUCAGAACUGGGAACGAUACCUGGAGGAUGCCCAGGACAUUUAUGAAGAGCUCCAAAAAGAGAUGAAGAAGUCUCUCAUGAGUCUAGCUGAUGAUGUAUGCCAGCUUUUGGAGGAUGACAAAUUCAAAGAUGAUCCUUGGCUUUGGGACCUCGAGUGGGACGUGAAUGAGUUCAAGCUGAAAAAACUGCCAGCCAACAAAAAGAAACAAUCUCAAAAAUCAGUUCAAUCCCAAAUUGGUGCACCUCUUGCAAAUUGGAUGGAAGACACAGGCCCACCAUCCGAAGAGGACACUGAAACAGGUCUUUGCCCGAGCAGGCUAGCUGUGGAUAAUCUGAAGAAAACAGUGAAUCGACUUCCCAAGAGAAAGCAACACCUGCCCGGACAUCCUGGGUGGUAUCGUAAACUCUGUGAGAAGAUGUCUGCGGACAGCUGGUCACCCGGAGCGAGUCUCCUCAGUCUUCAGAUGAGAGUGACCCCGAAACUGAUGGGUCUGACGUGGGAUGGAUUCCCCCUGCAUUACACAGAGAAACAUGGCUGGGGGUAUCUGGUUCCGGGACGCAGGGAUAACUUGGACUCGUCGGACGGAAACGUAGGACCACCCCUGUGCCCUCAUAGAGAGAUUGAACGUGUUUACAGAGAGUACUGCGAGCAGAACAACAAGGAGGGUCCUGAGUAUGUAGACUGUGAAUCACCAAACAACCUGAUGUGGACAGACAGUGCUGUUUGGGCAAAGGUGGAGGAAUAUGGAUCAGUGGAGAGACUCACAGAGGAACAUGGAGACAAACCAGUGACAAAUGGGAGACAAGAUCUUAGCCGCAAGACCAAUGCUCUCCCAGAGGAGAGUGACUGCCCCAAUCACCAAGGAAUCGGCCCCUUCAACGAUAUUGACAUUCCUGGAUGUUGGUUUUUCAAAUUACCACACAAGGACGGUAAUCAAAAUAAUGUCGGCAGUCCUUUUUCAAAAGACUUCCUGCCUAAGAUGGAGGAUGGAACUCUCAGAGCAGGAAGGGGUGGGACCAAUGCAGCCCGUGCCUUAGAGAUCAACAAAAUGAUAUCCUUCUGGAGGAAUGCCCAUAAACGCAUAAGCUCCCAGAUGGUGUUGUGGCUACGGAAAGGAGAGCUUCCUCGUUUUGUAAGCAGACACAAGGAGUUUGACGAAGAGGGGCAGUAUGGGGCUAUCUUACCUCAGGUGGUCACUGCGGGAACUGUCACACGAAGGGCUGUGGAGCCAACAUGGCUGACUGCCAGUAAUGCUCGGCGGGACAGAGUGGGCAGUGAGCUUAAGGCGCUGGUGCAAGCACCAGCAGGUUAUCACCUGGUUGGAGCUGACGUGGACUCUCAAGAGUUGUGGAUUGCAGCUGUGCUCGGAGAGGCCCACUUUGCGGGCAUGCACGGUUGCACGGCCUUUGGCUGGAUGACACUUCAAGGAAAAAAGAGCCAAGGGACUGACCUGCACAGCCGUACCGCUGACGCUGUUGGCAUCAGCCGGGAGCACGCCAAGGUGUUCAACUACGGACGCAUCUAUGGCGCAGGACAGCCCUUUGCCGAAAGGCUGCUUAUGCAGUUCAAUCAUCGUCUUAGUCAGACAGACGCUGCCAGUAAGGCCAGACAGAUGUACGCUUUGACCAAAGGCUUACGCAGAUAUGAACUAUCAGACGAAGGUGAGUGGCUGGUCAGUGAGUUGGGAAUUGACGUGGAAAGGGAGGAAGACGGAAGCGUAUCCCUCCAGGAGUUGCGAAAGAUUAGUCGACUGGCCUCACAGAGCUCUCGGCGAAAGAAGUGGGAUUUGGUGGGCAAGCGUUUGUGGUCUGGAGGGACUGAGUCCGACAUGUUCAACAAACUGGAGAACAUUGCGCAUUCAACCCAGCCAGCGACACCCGUGCUGGGCUGCAGGAUUAGCAGAGCUCUGGAGCCCAAGGCAGUAAAGGAGGAGUUCAUCACCAGCAGAGUCAACUGGGUGGUCCAGAGCUCAGCGGUGGAUUACCUUCACUUGAUGCUAGUGGCCAUGAGGUGGCUCUUGGAGGAGCACGACAUUGACGGGCGCUUCUGCAUUAGCAUCCACGACGAGGUGCGCUACCUCGUCCGCAGCGAAGACAGAUACCGGGCAGCGCUGGCGCUGCAGAUCACCAACCUUCUUACCAGGUCCAUGUUUGCACAUGCAUUAGGCAUGCGGGACCUUCCACAGUCUGUCGCUUUCUUCAGUGCAGUUGACAUCGACACGUGUCUGAGGAAGGAGGUCACCAUGGACUGCGUGACCCCCUCCAACCCCUCGGGUGUGGAACGAAAAUACGGCCUUCCUCCUGGUGAAGCCUUGGACAUCUACCAAAUAGUUGACAUCACAAAAGGCUCCCUCAAUAAAGGAAGAUAGACUCGUAUGGACAGGCAAAGGACACUUGGAAUGCAAAAUGGAAAAGUCACUGCAAGCUCAGGAGCAGAUCAUUGU